GGAGGCUAGGGCAGAGGCUGGGAGGAGCAAGCACCCAAAGUCUGGUAAACUAAGCCAGAGGAUUGAGUUUCCAUCCAGCAAUGCAGGUCAUGGGAGGCUGCAGGAGUGACACUGUCAAUGCCCUUAUGAGAAUGAUUUUCAUAGCAAGAUGGCUGGAGGACUGGUUAGGAGAGAGACUGCUGUGGAGGGUGUUGCAAUGACCCCAAGAAGCGAUGAAUCUGCGCGGUGAGUUUAGCCACCGGAUGAAAGCCCCAAAGGGUGUGGUCAGCAGGUCACUGCCAGCGCUACCCAAGGCGUGGCUGCUGCCGACCGCUACGGAAUCUCCUGGGGGAAGGGAGAAGGCCCUUCGUCGGUGACUGGACUGCCUUGCCCGAGUUCCCAAGAAGUGAGCAGGUCACCAACUCCUGUCUUCCUUUUCAGCCCUCAAUGCCCAUUUUGCAGACAAAAAGCUCCAAGGUGACAGUGUAAGAGACACUUUGGGUGAGGGCAAACGAAGGGACACGCCUCUCCUUUCCUGACCUCUCUCACUCUCACUUCUUGAAAUCUUUCAUCUCCCUUUAUCCUGUCUCUCUGCCAUCCCCACAAGACAGCCGUUUCCAAGGGCCAUUGCCAAGCGCUUUGCCUCAUUCCCAGACCUAAAGUUUGCAACUGCCCCCCACUGCUCGGCAAGGCUGCCUAGACCUCAGCACCCUCCACGGGGCUGGAAGGUGACAACCGCGAAAAGGCGGGUGACUCUUCCAGAUCCUUCUCGGCGGGGGCUUCAGGUGACAUCACAUCCUUCAGAUGCGAAAUCAGCCUCUGAGGCCGGGCCGAGGGACUCGACUCCCCCCGCCGCCCCCGCCCGCCCUCCGGCUCCCGCGCCUCCGCUGGCGUCCGAGCUGAGCCGCGCCUCGCGGAGCGCGCCAUGGCCGCGCCGGCGACCGCCUUGCUCCUGCCGCUGGCCUUGCUGCUCCAUGCCGCCGCGGCUCUCCAGCCGAGCCAGUUCCGGGUGUCGCCGCUGGGUAGGACCUGGAGUCUGGGCGAGCCAGUGGAGCUGAAGUGCGAGGUGCUGCUGUCCAGCUCGACGACGGGCUGCUCGUGGCUCUACCAGCCGCGCGGCCCCGCCGCGAGCCCCACCUUCCUCCUGUACGUUACCCACAACCGGGUCAGGUCGGCCGAGGGGCUGGACACCCAGCAGUUCUCGGCCAGGAGGAUCGGGGAGGACUAUUUCAGCCUUACCCUGAACCGCUUCCGCGAGAAGGACGAAGGCUACUAUUUCUGCGCCGUCGUGAGCAACUCCAUACUGUACUUCAGCACCUUCGUGCCGGUCUUCCUGCCAGCGAAGCCCACCACGACGCCAGCGCCGCGCCCACCGACGCCGGCGCCCACCACGCCGCAGCCCAGGUCCCUGCGCCCGGAAGUGUGCCGGCCCGUGCCGGGCGGCUCAGUGGACACGAGGGGGCUGGACUUCGCCUGUGACAUCUACAUCUGGGCGCCCUUGGCCGGGGCCUGCGGGGUCCUUCUGCUGUCACUGGUCAUCACCGUUAUCUGCAACCACAGGACCAGAAGACGUGUUUGCAAAUGUCCCAGGCCCGUGGUGAGGCCGGGAGGCAAGCCAAGCCCUGCAGAGAGAUACAUCUAAACCUGUGCAACAGCCACUACAUGACUUCAAACUGAGAUCUCGCCUUACGAGGGGAGCAUGUCCUUCCCUUUAAUUUUUUCUAGUUUUCCUUAUGUAUUCAUUCUCAUGAUUAUUAUUAUUAUAGUAGCAGUAGGGUGAUAAGGGUUGCUUUUUCUUUAUGUGUCUGAUGCAAAACAAAACCAUGUAACAUCUAUGGUGCACCGCAAAAGUCACAAUAUCUUUGUGCACACAUAUUGGGGUAAACGGUGGAAAGGGGCAGGCCAGACCGGAGAGCUGUGUUCUCAGACUCGUGCUGACAGCGAUGGAGCAACCUCUUCCCCACCCAUUUCACAGAGGAGGAGGCUAAAGCCCAGCGAUGGGAGCAGCUUGAUCAGAGUCACACGGCAAGUCAAGGUUGGAGCCAGAGGAACCUUACCUCCCAGCUCAGGGCUCUUUCCCCCACCCCAUUCAGGUCUUUCUUCCCAGGCCUCUGUUGAGAGGUGGGGUGGCGAGGGGAGAUGUGGGGAGGGGUCUCAAACUGCAAAGGAACAAGUAUUUCUUGAGCACCUAUGAUAUACCCAUUACUGUACCCAGAGCCUUGAGGUAAUAAAAUAAGAGAACUUCUGCCUUUUGCAGAGUUCUAUAAUGUAGAUGAACAACAUCAGACCUUUUUAUAAUCAAGCGUGAAAUUGUAUAGAAAGUACGAAUUCCUAAAAUAAACUGUAGGGGUGAACCAAAUCCUGGAAAGUGAAUCCCUCCAUCUCUAAAGAAAAGCUCUGUGAAACCCCUCCAUGGAGGCAAGAUUGCUCUCCCAGCCCCUGCGCUGCAGAGGGACCUGUGAAAGAGGAGAGGCCACCCCUUUACAAAUAUAACUUGAGCAUCAGUAAAGGUGAACAGAGGUCCUCUUGGAUCUCUAAAUUUGAGAUGCCAGAUUUGAACAUGCUCCUGGGAUCACUGAUGACUUCUUACAUUUUGUAAAAGAUAGAAUUCUUGGGGAGCUACCGGCACAGCUGUGGCCUCUGCUCAACCAGAUGUGGGAAUGAGGCAGACCAGACUGUUGUGAGGAGGCCAAAAGCCACAACUGCUGCUCCCAGUGCACAUUUCCUCUCUUACAGUGUUGUGCAAGCGAUGCCUGCUUGUUGAGAGAAAAAACUUACAUAGAUAAGGAAAUAAGAAUCGCCUAUAAUUCUUCACCUCAGGUAUAAUCCACUAUUAAUAUUAUGGUGUCCAUUCUUCCUGGGUAUUUUCUAUGCAUAUAUAUAUAUAUAUAAAAUAUGUGCCUUGUUUUUAAAAAUGGGAUUGUACUAUGCUUUUAUAAGUGGCUUUAAUGAAUAAACAUUAUAGCAUCCUUUUUAAUGGCUAAAUCGCA